AUGACUAUGAUUGUUUCCCCAAGAUAUAAGGCUAAAAUCAAAUUAAACGCAAAACCUUCUGAAUUAACUAAUAUAACUCAAACAAAGCCACAUGGCUUAUCUAGUGUAGGCGGAAAACAACGAGAAUUAAUGAAAAAAGAAUUAAAAAAUACAAUUGCUGCAGUUAGUGCCAAUACUAUUCGUCGAAACAGAAUUAGAUAUAAUGAAGCCAUUUGUUUUGAAUUGGAUGAAGACGGCUAUUCACUUACUGCCGAUUAUAUUCGAAAAUUGAUAGAUUUAAAUGAAGAAAUUCGUAAUAGCCAUGGGCCAGAUACAUGGAUGUGGAUUCAACCCCAAUUAAAAAAUUCGAAUGAUCAAUUAGAUAUAUUAAGUCAAGGUUUAGUUGAAGCUGAAAAUGCCAAUCGACAAGGAAAAAAAAUAUCUGAAACUGAGUCAAUUUUAAAACUUGCAAUACAUUUCAUGAACAUGCCAGAAGCAUGGUGGUGGCUUGCUGAACAAUUAUUUUCCGAGGCAAUACAAAUAUCAGAAUCACUGAAAAGCGAUGGUGGAAGAUUAUUUGCAGUGGUACGAUAUAUAUUUGGACGAUUUUUAUUUUUACAAUUGAAAGAUCACAAAGCAGCUUUGCCACAUUUGAAAUUUAUAAGAGACAGAUCGUCAGGUACUUCAUGGAAAGCAACAGAAUUGGAUAUUCCACAAGAUUUAAUUUUCAACGAAAGUUGUGGUCUUUUAGCAGAAGUAUUGCUCACAUUUAGCGAAGAAUAUAGAGAAGAAAAUCUAGCAAAAGCGUUACAUCAUUGCAAACUAGCAUUGAAACGUGCUAAAGAAAGUAAUAAACCGGAAGUUAUAGGCAAAGUAUAUCUCCAGUUGGGCUUAUUUAAUUUGGAAGUCAAUGAACCAACUGCUGCUUUACACAAUUUUGAACAGUAUGUAAUUGUUAGCAAGGACAACAACAAUUAUCCAGGUAUAUGUGACGGAUUUAUACAUGUUGCAUUAGCGUAUACAAAACUUGGGAGAGCAACAGAAGCUGAACAACAUUUAAUGGAUGAAAUAAAAAUUGCGUAUGAAAAUAAUUUACGGUACUACGAAGCACAAGGGCAUCGAUAUGCUGGUGAAUUUUAUUUAUAUCAGAAUUUACCAGAUAAUAGUUCUGAACAUUUUACUGAAGCUUUUCGAAUUUUUAAUUUCACUGGAACUCAUACUGAACAAGAUGAAAUGCGUUGUUUUAUGGGUGUUGCUAAAGGAAAUGCCUUAAUGAAUAAUUAUACGAAAUUAAUAGUAUGUUGUGGUCGCCAUGACAAAAAAAUGAGACAUCUAGCAAAAUUGUGCCAUUGGAAAGGACAUCGUGAGAACUUUUGGUCAAAUAUACAUGAAGGGGACUUAUGGAAUAAAUCAAUAUUACAUGGGUCGUAUCAGUCAGUUAAAAGCAUCACGCAUAUUGAAGAUAUUGUUGAAUCAAUUAUAGAAACUGCACUAAGAUUUGCAAUUGAUCUGCCAGCCACGGAAGAGGCAAGAUAUGAAGAAGAGGGUGCUUUUCUGCAUGAAUCAUAAUUUACCUAAUUUUUAUCAUUUAUUGGGCUUUAUUGUAACUGAUUUUUCAAUGCCGUUUUCUUAAUACAUUUAAUUUAUUUGUACCAAUAAAAAACUUACUAUAUCUAUUUCGCAAUAAAUAAAAUAACAAUUUUUACAAA